UUCCGCUUCCGGAGAUGGCGAGCGGCUUCCGGCGGCGUGGUCCGACAACUCGGGUAACCACAGGGUGCUGGAGCCCGAAGGGUCUGUCGUGGCGGCGGUAACCAGGCAGUGGGAGGAAAGGCCUGCCUUCGUCCUGCCCGGGGGUCGAACCUCAGUCUGGCUCCACCGCGGAGCCGUCUCGCUGCCUCUCUCUGGCCUUCCCCGCUCCCCAAGAUUCUUUUGACCGCGGAUCCUGCCGGGUGAAAGUAGGAAGAGGGACUUUAUUAGGGAUCUCGGAAACAUUGCCAAAAUGUCUGACAUUCAAGAAGCUACUAACAAACUUCUGGAUGUGAACCUUCAUGAGAACCAGAGAUUUGUACCAGUGACAGAAGAAAGUGGCACCAGAAAUGUGUCUGAGCAUCUUCACAUCACUGUUGGGGCCACUGUCCCCACCGGCUUUGAGCAAACAGCUGCAGGUGAAAUCAGAGAGAAAUUGGGGUCAUCAUGCAAAAUCAGCAAAGAUCGGGGCAAGAUAUAUUUUGACAUUUCAGUGGAAAGUCUGGCACAGGUUCAUUGUCUGAGAUCAGUUGAUAACUUAUUUGUGGUUGUUGAGGAGUUUAAAGAUUUCCAGUUCAAAAAAACUAAGGAAGAAGCUCUGAAAGAUUUUGAAGACUUGGCCGGAAAACUCCCAUGGUCAGAUCCUUUAAAAGUAUGGGAAGUUAACACCUGUUUCAAGAAGAAAAAAACAAAGUGCAAAAAGAUGAGUCAGAAUUCAAAUAAAGAGAGAAUUGGUAACAGACGAGAUAAAUUGGAUGAGAAAGAUAUUAGAGGGUUUACUGACAAUGCUCUAGAUUCACAUAUCUUAGACUAUUAUGAAAAUCCAGCCAUCAAAGAGGAGAUAUCAACAUUAGUAGGUGAUGACCUGGCAUCUUCCAAAGAUGAAACUGAUGAACAUUCAAAAGAAGAAACUGAGCCUCAGGUGCUAAAGUUUAGAGUCACAUGCAACAGGGCAGGAGAGAAACAUUGCUUUACCUCAAAUGAGGCUGCAAGAGACUUUGGGGGUGCUGUUCAGGAUCAUUUCAAGUGGAAGGCUGACAUGACCAACUUUGAUGUAGAGGUUCUCUUGAAUAUCCAUGAUAAUGAAAUGGUUGUGGGUAUUGCAUUGACUGAGGAGAGUCUCCACCGCAGAAAUAUUACACAUUUUGGACCAACAACUCUUAGAUCAACUCUUGCAUAUGGGAUGCUCAGGCUCUGUGCACCUCAACCUACUGAUAUAAUAAUUGAUCCAAUGUGUGGAACAGGGGCAAUACCAAUAGAGGGGGCUACUGAAUGGUCUAACUGUUAUCAUAUUGCUGGUGAUAAUAGUCCACUGGCUGUAAAAAGAGCAGCCAAUAAUAUCUCAUCUUUAUUGACCAAGAGCCAAAUUAAAGAAAGCAAAUCCUCCUGGGGCUUGCCCAUUGAUGCUAUUCAGUGGGAUAGCUGCAAUCUUCCACUGAGAACUGGCUCUGUGGAUAUCAUUGUAACAGAUAUGCCAUUUGGAAAAAGGAUGGGCUCCAAAAAGAGAAAUUGGAAUCUUUACCCAGCUUGCCUGAGAGAGAUGAGCCGUGUCUGUAGACCUGGGACAGGCCGAGCCGUACUCCUUACCCAGGACAAGAAGUGCUUUGCCAAGGCAUUAUCUGGAAUGGGACAUGUAUGGCGAAAGGUACAUACGGUCUGGGUGAAUAUCGGGGGUCUUCAUGCUGCAGUUUAUCUUCUGAAACGAACACCUCAAGCUUUUGUUCAUUCUUCAGAGCAAGAUGGAGAAAGAGGGACACCUUGGUAAUACAAAUCCUACUUCCCAACACUGGAAAUGUCAGCACGAAGAGAGAAAAAUAUUAACAGAAAUGCAGUCUGCAGUAUUUUAACCAGCCUGAAGCUCUUCACCUAGUGUAGCAAAAGAUGUGACUACAAUAUGAUGUAAUUUAAAGAUUUAAGAAGCAGAGCCUUUCAGAGCCUUUGAAACUGUUUUGAGGGGGUUGGCUGGCAAUUAGUUUUUUUCUUUUUCCUGUUCUUUUUUCCAUACUAGGGAUUCUACACAGGACCUUGGCAAAUGAGCUUUCUCUCCAGGCCUUUAUUCUGGAGUACUGGGAUUAUACCCCCAGCCCUUUGUAUUCUUGUUUGUUUGUUGUUUUUUGAGGCAAAAUCUUGCUUGAACUCACUAUGUAGCCCAGGCUGGCUUCGAAAUUGCAGCUGUUCUCCUGUCUUAGCCUCCCAAGUGCUGGGAUUACAGGCAUAUGCCACCACACCUGGCUUUAUUUUUAUUUUUGAGGCCAUGUCUUGCCAAGUUGUCAAGGCUGGGCCUGAGGUUGUGAUCCUCCUGCCUCAGCCUCCAAGUUAGUAAUUUUCCUUAAAAUGCUUUACAGAUGAUUAUUGAAAAUACUCUGAGGUCUAAUUUUAGAACAUUUUAUUUUCAGGCUUUAUGGCCUGUUCUCUGUUGUGUCAAGUAGAAAGCCACCUUGGCCUAUAUAAAAGGCAGAGAACAUAAUCAUAAGAUCUUAGGAUACUUCCUAUUGCCCAUGCAGCUUUGCUCUUCACGUUCUCUUUAUCUCACCCUCAAAAAAUAAGGGAUAAUUACGUUUUGUGAUUGUUUGCCCCAGGACAAGAUGAAAUUUCACAAGGUCUACAGAAAAACAAAAAUAGGCAUCUCUUAUUCAGAUUAACACAGAGAUCUAAAACAGGACUAAGAUUUAUGAAAGGAAUUAUAAAGUUAUUACUAGUACAGGACAUUUCUAUUUGUAAAGAAUAGCAGAAACAGGGCUGGGGAUUUAGCUUACUGGUUCUACAACCUGCCUUAAAAUCCCAAGGUCCUGAGUUCAAUCCCCAGUACCAAAAAAAAAAAAAAAAGAAUAGCAGAAACAUUGGUAGAUGAGGUACGGGACCAAUAAGCCAAGAUUUUUCUUUCAGUACACAAAGGCAUGUGUUGCUAAACAAGAACCUGUCAGAUAUUUUGUUGUUGGUGGUCAAAGAUGAGAGGAAAAAACUGGUGUAUCUUUGAAUGAAAACUUAAUUUGGGA